UACCCCCUCUAUCGAAUUUUAUUACAGCUGACAUUUUGAAAGAAAUGGCGUCCUUCAAGAAAAUAAAUACUAAAAUAUUCGCAAGACCAAACUCCGAAUUUACUCCGGAUAAUAUAUAUUGGAAAAAGUAUAGUGCUCCUGUUUUAGUUAAAGAAUUUGGGCCAAUUGAUUAUAUCGAUUUUUCUCCAGUGGAACCACAUUAUUUUGCUGUCACUUGUUCAGUCAGAGUGCAGGUAUACAAUCCAAUUACAAAAUUGGUUACAAAAAAUCUCAGUAGAUUCAAAGAAGCCACCUAUGGUGGAUCCUUUCGUAAUGAUGGCAAGCUAAUCUGUGCUGGUGGUGAAGAAGCAGUAAUUAGGCUCUUUGAUGUUAAUACAAAAAGUCUUCUUCGACUUUUUUCUGGGCACAAAGCUGCUAUACAUAGAACUUUCUUCACUGCAGAUAAUCUUCAUAUUGCUUCAUUUUCUGAUGAUAAGACUGUAGCUGUUUGGGAUAUACCAAGUGAAAAGCAAAUGAUAUCCUUUAAUGAACAUUCAGAUUAUAUCAGAGCUGGUGCCGUUAGUCCUAUUUCUACAGACAUAUUAUUGUCUGGUGGUUAUGACAAACAUAUAUAUAUGUAUGAUACAAGAACAAGCAAACAAAUUCUUAGUGUAAACCAUGAAGCCCCUGUUGAAAGUUUAUUAUUCUUACCCUCUGGUGGAAUAUUUUUAUCUGCAGGUGGGACAGAAAUUCGAGUUUGGGAUGCACUUGCUGGUGGCAGAUUACUUGCCAAAAUUACCCAACAUCAUAAAACUGUAAUGUGUUUAAAAAUAGCUUCAAAUGGACGCAGGAUUUUGUCUGGCUCAUUGGAUCGACAUGUAAAAAUUUAUGACUCUGGAACAUAUAAAACUGUUCAUUCCUUGGAUUAUCCAAAUUCAGUUCUUAGUAUAGGAAUUAGUCCAAAUGAUGAAACAAUAGUAGCUGGUAUGAUUGAUGGUUUAAUUUCUGUGAGAAGAAGAGAAGAAGAAGUAAAAAGUGAAAAACUGCAAUGUAAAAAGGUUUCAUACAGACGCUCUGGAAGAAAUUUACAUACACCUCAAGUAGAUGUUGUUGUGCAUGAAGAAACGAAAGAAAUUAUAUCCAAACAUGAUACCUGUUUAAGAAAGUUCGAAUAUUCAAAAGCUUUAGAUUGUGUCAUGUCCAGAUAUGUGGUAAAAAAUGUACCACAUGUUGCGGUUGCACUUAUGCAGGAACUUAUUAGAAGGCAGGGCUUAAAACAAGCUCUUAGCGGUAGAGAUGGCAAAUCUCUUGUAAAUAUUCUUAAAUUUCUGAAUAGACAUAUAGGAAACAUUCGAUUUGGAAGAGUUUUAUUAUAUGUAGCUAAUGUAUUAAUGGAUGUUUAUGAAGAUCAUUUGGACGAACUUGCUGCAGAACCGCGAAAAAUGUUUAGUAUUUUAGCGGCGAAGUUAGAAGAAGAAGAGAAUUUAAUACUAGCAUUAUCAGAAUUACAAGGAAAAUUGCAUAUGAUAUUGUCUGCUGCGGAAAAUAUACUUCCUGCACCAGCGAAAGAUGUCCAGGCCUUGGAACCUUCAAGUGCAGCUCAAAAAAAUUUAAUUUUAAGUAUAGCAUGAAUAUAAUUUAAUACAAUAUGAUUUAUGUAUUAUAACAAAAUCUGUACAUACCUUUAAUACGUACUUUAAUAAAAUUCAAAUAUUACAUUA